AACUAAUUAACAUCAGCAACAUAGAGAAUCACUUUGAGAUUCUCAAACUAUACAACAAAGUUUCCACUUUUAUUCCUAUAAAAAAUGAUGACACACUUUUUUUUGUCACCUUUUCUUGAUAUCUCCUUAUAUAAACUAUGUCAAAUUCUUCAAACCAAAUGGAAAAAAAAAAAAAAUAAAAUAAAAAAAAUGUGGUGUUCACUUUUUUCUUGUUCAACAUCUCAUUUUACCAUAAUUAAAUGUUCAAUACCCAGUGAUAAUCAAGAAUCCAAAAUUCCAUUAAAUGGAAAUAUUGUGAAGUUGGAUUUGUUAAAGUCCAAUAAUGGUCAUCAUUUGGCAACAAAAACUUCAUUUACUAGUUGUGAUGAAAGUUUUUAUAAUAUUCCAAUGUCACAAAUGAGGCAAAAUAUACCUAGAAAGAAACAAGUUGUGGAUAGUUAUAGACAAGGAAUUAUUGUUGAAGGUGUAUAUAGACAAACAGUUGUUAUAAGGUCUUAUGAAGUUGGUCCUGAUAAAGUUGCUACUAUUGAAAGUAUCCUUAACUUACUUCAGGAAACAGCAUUGAAUCAUGUGUGGAUGUCAGGACUACUUAGUGAUGGAUUUGGUGCAACACAUGGGAUGAUGAAAAAUAACCUCAUAUGGGUGGUUUCAAGAAUGCAAGUUCAAAUAGACCAUUAUCCAAUAUGGGGUGAAGUAAUGGAGAUCGAUACAUGGGUUGGCGCAUCAGGCAAAAAUGGGAUGAGAAGAGAUUGGCAAAUUCGAAGUCAAGCCACAGGCCUUGUAUUCGCGAGAGCAACCAGUACAUGGGUGAUGAUGAACCAGCAAACAAGGCGUCUGUCAAAGAUGCCGGAAGAAGUGAGGGCUGAAAUCUCACCAUGGUUCAUCAGUAAACAAGCCAUCGAAGAGGAAAAUCCUAUUAAGAUAGAGAAGUUGGACGACACUGCUAAGUAUGUCCUAUCGAAUUUGAAGCCAAAGAGAAGUGAUUUGGACAUGAACCAUCAUGUAAAUAAUGUGAAAUACGUUCGUUGGAUGCUAGAGACCAUACCUGAGCAGUUUUUGGAGAGUCAUCAGCUGUCUAGCAUCGUGCUCGAAUAUAGGAGAGAAUGUGGAAGCGCGGAUAUUGUUCAAUCACUCUGUGAACCAGAUGAAGAUGGACUUUUCGACGAAGUUGCUGUUGAUGAUCAACAUAAGAGAAGAAUUACUGUACUACAUGGAUUUUCAUUGGCAUCAGGGCUUCUUGAAGCAAAUAGACUUGUUGAGGCAUUUAAUCAAAGUCCAUUUAGCUACACACAUUUGGUUAAGAUAAAAGAAGAGAUAAAGAAUGAAGAAAUUGUUAGAGGAAGGACUACUUGGAAGAGAAAGAUAUCUUCCAUGACAUUUCCUGCCUAACAUACACACUACGUUGCUCAGACUCUUCAAAAAUGUCACUCGGCGUGGGUCGGAUCCUCCAAAACCUACGGGUGCGACGACUUAUUUGGAGGGUCCAAGCAACAUAGUUUAACAAACAAAAGGACUUUGAUUGAUGUGCAGUAGAGCAAUAAUAUAAGAGUGAACAUACAAAUAAAUUUGGUAAUCUUGGAAGUAUACAUGUCAUAGGUGAAGCAGCAUUGCAGCAUAGACUGAAGAUUCAAAGACAAUGGAUUUGCAAAAGCAGCAACUUUUAGGGGUGGGGGUUGGGGGGUUAACAACUUUUGUGCAGUAUAUAGGUCAUAGAAAGAAUUGGUACAUCAUAUGUAUGUUCAUAGAAAUAUGAGUUUGGUUUUUGUUCUGAUGUGUAUUGUUGUGCUUUCUCUUUCUUGCAUUUUCUGAUGAUGAUUAGGCUGGUUGUCGUGUCACUCGCCGAUCUACCAUUGGGUCCGGGGUUUUUUUUGACCCGAAUCUAGUUUCUUGGUCUUCCAAGAAGCAACUCAUUUAUUUCUCGCUUCGCCACUAAGACUAAGUAUCCUUACUUGUUAUCACGCACUUUAAAACUCUUCAUUUCCCAUGCGCCCACGUAUCGAUUGAAGGGUAUCUUAGUGCAUAUCAAUAUUCUUUUGCCUUCACCAUAUUAGCCUAGGCAAAUUUCUAGUGUUCUUUUUUUAAAGUUAAAUACAUUAGAAUUAUGUCACUUAGACAUUAGCAAACAAUUAAAAUAAUAUCAUGUCAUUUUUUGUAGUUGGGAUGUAAUUUUCACAAUUUGUAUCAAGAUGCUGUAUAUUGGAUAUAUAUAUAUAUAUAUAUAUAUAUGUAUAUAUAUAUACAAAAUGCUGUAUAUUGGAUAUAUAUACAUAUAUAUAUAUGUAUCUUUGUGAAGUUUUCAAGAAUGACAUCUUGUUGGAAUGGACUAUAUAAUUAUAGCAUUUCUAGGUUUAUUCCCAUUUAGACCAAAUGUGGUGGAAUGGAUAUGAUUUUUUCAUUUUUUACCGGAGGUCGUAAAUUUGAGCCACACAGUAAAAAACAGUUCCUCUUUAAUAAGCCUUACACGACGUAAUCCAAAUAUUGCAGCUCAACAAACAAGAUCGGAUUGUGGUGGAAUGGAUAAGAUUUUUUCAUUCUUGACCAGAGGUCGUGAAUUCGAGCCACCUAGUAAAGAGCGCUUCCUCUUUAAUAAGCUUUACACGAUGUAAAUCCAAAUAACACCUGAAAAACUGAGGCAACAAUAUUGAAGCUC